AUGUCGGAGUCUGGACACAGCCAGCCAGGGAUGUACUGCCCUGGCCGCAGACGGAGGCGUCGUCGCGGGGAGAGGGACGUGGGACCCCCGGGACAGAAUCCGAGCAGGGACCGGGAGUACCUGCCCCGAGAGAGGGAUGGAAGUGAGGAGCCACCUGGUCCAGUUAUUCAGAAGACUCCUAUUAUUCUUGCUAAGCCUCCAGCAGAAAGGCUCCAAGCCAAGACGGGGCCGAGCGUUGCUCCCAGCGUAGUGCCAGUGCUGGAGAAGCCCAUAAUGCUGAUGAAGGCCCGGGACGAUGGGGUGAAGCCUGGGACUCCUCCUGAAGCAUCCGCUCAGCCUCCAGGAGCCAGCGUGUCCAAAACCGAGCGCGAAGGCCAGCGUCCCACCCAGCCGGUCUACCAGAUCCAGAACAGGGGAAUGGGAGGGGCGGCCACCAGCAGCGCCGUGGACCCGCUGGUUGGUCAAGCGAAGCUCAUCCCUCCUGAGAAGAUGAGGCACAGUAUAAAGCUGGUGGACGAUCAGAUGAACUGGUGCGACAGCGCAAUGGAGUUCCUAAGAGACCAGACAGACAUGUUGGUGGUCGGAGUCAUCGGCCUUCAAGGCUCUGGAAAAUCCACCAUCAUGUCCCUGUUAUCAGCCAACACCCCCGAGGAGGAUCCAAGGGGUUAUGUGUUCCGAGCCCAAAGCACAGAAAUCAAGGAGAGAGGAGGGAACCAGAGCACCGGGGUGGACUUCUUCAUCACUCAGGAACGCGUCAUCUUUCUGGACACACAGCCCAUCCUCAGCCCCUCCAUUCUCGACCACCUCAUCAACAACGACAGGAAGUUACCCCCGGAGUACAACUUACCCCACAACUACGUGGAGAUGCAGUCUUUACAGAUAGCAGCCUUCCUGUUUACAGUGUGCCAUGUCGUAAUUGUGGUGCAGGACUGGUUCACAGACAUCAAUCUCUACAGGUUUCUACAGACGGCAGAGAUGCUCAAACCUUCCACUCCCUCUGCAAGCCACGACAGCUCCGGCUCCUCGGGCAAAGACGACGGCGCCGAGUACUACCCACACAUAGUGUUUCUGCAGAACAAGGCAAGACGCGACGAUUUCUGCCCCAGGAAUCUGAAGAACAUGCAUCUGGUGGUGGACAAGCUCAUGGCUCACUCUCACCUCAAAUACAAAGGCACUUUAUCGAUGCUGGACUGUAACGUGUUCCCCGGGUUGAAAUCAGAAUAUUUUGAAAAUGAGGUCAAUAUGUUUCUGCUUCCUGUGCAAGAGACCGAGGAGGACAACUUGAGCAAAGCAGGCGCAGGCACGUACCCUCUCUUCUCCUUACUCCCUGGCUACAGAGGACACCCCACCUUCUCUGCUCUGGUUUCAAAGCUCCGCAGUCAGAUCCUGGCCAUGCCCCGCUCCCAGCUCUCACACACCAUCCUCACUGAAAAAAACUGGUUCCAUUACGCAGCGCGCAUCUGGGACGGUGUGAAGAAGUCCUCUGCUCUGUCGGAGUACAGCAGGCUCCUCUCCUAA